AAUAUCCCCUCCUCAGCACGGCCAUUUUCAAUGAUAACAAUUCCGUGUAUUUUAAUUUUACGUCAUCGUUUUGUAUAGUUUACGCAAGUUGUGUUAACACGUAAAUAAAGUAUAUACAAAGUGUUUAAAAGUUCACAACACACACAGGCAAAAUGGGUAAAGGUUUCAACAAUUAUAUGUGCAAAAAAUUCUUCCAUCCAGCGUCGAGGGAUAACCUGAAACGAGUAUGGAUGGCAGAACAGAAGGCCGAUGCCUACAAAAAGAAACAAGAGGAGCUGCGGCAACAGUACGAAAAAGAACAAGACUUGCACGAUAAUAAAGCUAUGCUUAGUAAAGAAAGCAAGGAUAAGUUGAGUAUAAACUUUAUGUAUGAGCCCCCGCCUGGUGCUCGGAAGGAACGAGAACGCGAAGACAACGAACCAGAAUAUAAGUUUGAGUGGCAAAGGAAGUAUAAUGCACCCCGCGAGAGUUACUGCAAAGGCGACCAAGAAAUACGGGAUCAGCCUUUUGGAAUCCAAGUGAGGAACGUCCGGUGCAUCAAGUGCCACAAGUGGGGACAUAUCAACACAGAUAAGGAAUGUCCAAUGUAUAGUCUCUCCACAAGUGUGGCAAGGUCAUUGGAGUCUGCAUCUAUUAUGGAUCAAAAGUCGCUGGUUGAACAAAUGAAAGAAGACGGUUUGGCCAUCAAGAAGCAGUAUUUGAACAAUACAGGGACCGCGAAUUACGAUUACAUUCCAAAUGAAGAGGAAAACUCAGCUGUGUCUUUCAUCAAAUCCCUGUCGAAAAAACAGAAGAAAGCUCUUUUGAAGAAGUUGGAAAAAUUAGAAAAAGGUGCGAAGAAAGAAAAGAAACGGCGAGAUAGUUCCAGUUCUGAGGAAGAUCGAAGACGGGAUAGGAAGAAACACUCACGCAACGAUGACGACGACGACAGGAGAAACAAAAAACGCAAAUCUGACAGUUCAGAUUACGAAAAUCGUAAAAAGAGACGCUCAUAAUUGUAUAUUCUAUUCUUAAUUAUCUGUGUAUAACAUGUAUAUUUUAGUAAAUAAUAAAUGUGUUCUGAAA